UGUCUGUGGUUGAGAAACAGUACAUAACCUAAUAAACAUUGUUCAUUACUUUACUUGACACUAUUUUGUAAACAAUGAGCACAUACGAAAUCAGCAAAUCUUCGUUGCUGAGUCUGAAAGCUGAAAUACUUAGGAAACAACAAGAACUCACCAAAGCCAAAUUUGAUAAUGAAGUGAAAGUUAAGAUUUUGAAAAAAAAUACACCACUGGAAAUUAAAAAUAAAGGUAUAGAAUCUCGAAUUAGGAAUGAUGAAUGCCCAGAGGACGAAGACUUGUUGAAGCAAUCUAGGUCUGCUUUGGAAUAUAAAGCAGAUUUGUAUGAAAAACUGUCAUCAGGCUCAACAGCUGAAGAUAAAAAGAUUGGAAAACGAUUCUUGGUGAGAUUUGAUAAAAAGAAACCCAAAGUAAGUGACCUGCCUCCUAGUGGUUCGGAAGAUGAAGAUAAACUUGUAGAAAGUGAUGAUGACUAUUACCAAUCUGAUGAUGAUAUCAACAUUACAGACCCCGGAGAAAAAUUUGUGGACUAUGUCGAUUGUUUCGGAAGGACAAGAAAGUGUUUACAAAAAGAUUUAGAAUAUUUAAAAUCAAAUGAUGAAGAACUGCGCAAAGUAGUUGAAGAGAAACGGAAGCAAAACCAACAACAGUCACUGUCUGAAGACAAUGAUUUCAAUAAAGACAACUCUGAAAGUAGAGAUGAAAUUAUCACUGAAAAAGAGAAAGAAGUUGCAACUACCAAUCCUGUUGAAUCUGAGCUAUUAUCAAGUGAUAUGAGAAGAGAGAUGUUGAGGAAGCAAUGGGAAGCAGAAGAAGAGGAAUUGAGGAAUAAGUCCAACAUUCAUUACCAAGAUAUAUUGUUUGCAGAGGCGAGAACACAUGGUGUUGGAUACUACAGUUUUUCUAAGGAUGAGGAAGAGAGGUUAAAGCAACAGCAAGCGCUGAAAAAAUUAAGAGAAGAAACGGAGCAAAAGCAGAAGAAAGCACAAGAGUUGAAAGUGUCAAGAGAAAAGUUGCUAGCAGCAAGGAUAAAAGCUGCAAAAAAUAGAAAAAGAGCUAGGAUGGGUCUACCUCCAGAAGAAGAUGAACCAGAACCUCCACCAGAACCAGAAAUAACUGAAGAAGAGAGGAAGAAACAAGAAGAAAUCAAAUUGAAAGAACAGAUGAGAGAGCAAAUUCUAGAAGAAGCAAGAAAGAACCAUCUGAGGCCAUGGGACAUAGGAAAGGAAGGAGUAAAAGAACAUUAUGUGAUGACUCAGGAAGAAUGGGUGGAAAAAAAAAGGGAUGAGAGACCGGCGGCUUUUGCGCCCCCUUCAUCUGAUAGGAAAGAUUUUAGGAGCUGCGAAAAAAAGUUUGAAAUGAAAGAUAUAGACAGAUCUUUGAAAUUUUCCACCAAAAAAAUUGAUGGAAAAAGGCAAGAAAAGGGUACAUUAGCAGGAUUGAAUCCAUAUAAAAGUCGUUAUAGAAACAGCAACCCUCAAGAAGAGGAAUAUGAUGAAAAACCAGUCAAUACGAAAUUGACAAAAAAAAUGUCUGAUUUUGAGGAAAUUGCACAGGAUGCAAGAAUGUCUCCUAGACCAAUAGUAGAUUUGACAGAGGCUCAAGAACUAGAAUUUGAUGACCGACUCUUGGGAGACUAUAAUAAAGUAAAGCAAAACAUGAAUCAGAUAGAUUCUAAUGAAUCGGAAAGAGGAAAAGGUGUUGAAAUUGCUCCUCCUCCUUCAUUUGAAUAUUAUGGUCCUAGUCAAAAGAAAAUCAAAAGAUCUCCUACAGUUAAUAUGUUUGAAGACUCCAUAGAGGCUGGUUUGAAGUUUUUGAGGAAGCAAGUUGAAGAAAAAGAAAAGCCACCAAGGCAUCCAAAAGAUUUGUUUCUUUUUUAAAUUAUUACUGUAAAUAGAAAAAGUAUGUAUUGUUCUUUAUAUAAAUGUCAAGGUAUUGAAUAAACUCUCUUACAAAGAAAA